UCGAUAUACCACCCCACUCAAUGGAAUACGCAAAAAACUGUCUAUAUAAGGCUUUCCUGACUUCGGUUGAACCACACUGUGGUAAUUUCACCGAAGUGCGUUUCGAGGAUGUGGUCUUCACUCCUAGUUAUCGCAUUCUUACUCGUCAGUGGUUACGCGAACGAUUGCGUGCCUCGUAGCUUCGGUACCGAUCGCAUCGUAUGUGUUUGCAAUGCAACGUACUGCGAUGGAUUACCGGAAGAUCAUCCAGAAGUCCCAGAAGAUGGAAGCGCUUAUUUGUACGAAUCAAACAAGGGAGGGCUGAGACUGAAAGUGUCAACUGUAAAAUUCGGUAGCUGUCGAGGCGGAGGCUUGCGACACAACAUAAACUUAGACAGUUCGAAGAAAUAUCAAAAAAUACUCGGAUUCGGAGGUGCCAUAACUGAUUCUGCGGGUAUAAAUAUAAAGAAGCUCAGCCCGGCUGCUCAAGAACAGUUACUUCGAUCGUAUUACGAUCCAAAAACAGGGAGCAAGUAUACCUUGGGUCGUGUACCAAUUGGUAGUACCGACUUCUCUACAAGACCUUAUACUUACGACGAUACCGAAGACGAUGUAACGUUGGAACACUUUGCACUCGCUCCAGAAGAUUACAAUUACAAAAUACCAAUCAUGAAAAAAGCUGUUAAAUUGAGUCCUAAAAUAUUAUUCAUAAGUGCCACAUGGACCCCUCCGAAAUGGAUGAAGACUAACAAUAAAAACACUGGAUUCCUAGGUUCCUUGAAGAACAAAUACUAUCAAACCUAUGCCGAUUAUAUCUUGAAAUUCCUGGACGAAUAUAAGAAAAACGGUCUCGAUAUAUGGGCAGUUUCAACAGGCAACGAACCGAUCAAUGCCCUUAUACCCCUGGAUCCUCUAAGCUCUAUGGGUUGGACUCCUAAUACAGUUGGCAAAUGGGUCGCUAAUAACUUGGGUCCAACUCUAAACCAAUCGCAACACGAUACGCUAAUUUUCGCUCUUGACGAUCAAUCGAUCUUUUUACCGUGGUAUGUCGAUCAAAUAGCUCGUAAUGAAAAAGCAAAUAAUUAUAUUGCAGGAAUAGCGUCACAUUGGUACGCCGAUGUCACAAUACCCUUAACGUUAGACACAGCAUUAGACGCGACGCACCGCACAUUUCCAGACAAGUUCCUUCUCAUGACCGAGGCAUGUGUAGGAUCGUUGGAGAUACGUCCUGUUAAUCUAGGAGCAUGGGAUCGCGGAGAGAGAUAUAUUUCGAGCAUAAUAGACUACAUGAACCACUGGUAUGUCGGAUGGAUGGACUGGAAUAUAGCUCUAGACGAGCGAGGUGGGCCAACCUAUAUUAACAAUUUCGUUGAUUCGCCCAUUAUUGUAAAUGGAACGUCCGAUGAAUUUUACAAGCAACCCAUGUAUUAUGCUCUAAAGCAUUUCAGCAGAUUCGUUGACAGAGAUUCUGACAGGAUUUCUAUUUCUAAUGCGCUUUUGAUCAAGUCUACGGCUUUUCUAACACCUUCGAAUGAAAUUGUCGUUGUACUGUACAAUAGCGGCCCUUUGACAGAAUACAUGACUCUGAAUGAUCCACAAAAGGGAUCUCUUUGCUUGACAUUAUCUCCGCAUUCUUUUAACACCAUAAAAUAUAAAUUGUAACUGAUAUGUACAGUUACGGAUGCUAAAAUAUUUCUGAAAUACUUGACCUUUCUUUUAAAAUGGUAUGAUUAAUAAAGAAGUUUGUCACUACUACAAA